CGGCGGCAUCGUGUUUUCUUUGCAUUCGUAUUUCUGCACAUGUCCCAACCUACGACGCCAGUCCUCGAGCGCGGCGUGCUUGCACCUCCGAUACGCCGUUCCGCUCGUCUCCAGCAAAAAAACCCUGUCAAUCCCACAGAGACCGUUGACUCCCAGCCGCGACGCAAGAGGAAGAAUCCUGCGUCGCAGGACGCUGUCUCUAGCAAUGACGAAUACGAUAGCACUGCGCCUCCUAAGCGAAUGCGGACGACACAACCGGGAGAGAACGAAUGCUCCCCAGCAAUUGAUAAGCCCACCGCGGCGUCACCAUCCACCAGCGUCAAUACUGCUCUAGAAAGGCCCAAAGCAAGAGGCCCUAAGCCCGGCGUACAGUUUGCGGACGGCGAGCCUCUGGAACCGGUGACUGACGAGGUGGACCCAGAUGAGGCGCCCGCUACAGCUGCGGCCGCGGCAGUGACGGUCGAAUAUCUCGCUAGCCGAUCCAACGACUCUUGGACCGACAUCAAGAAGAUGCCUUGUCCUCCAGAGGCGAGGCCAUAUCUUCAGCCAACCUAUACACGCGAUCGCAAAGGCCGUGUACUCGCCCGCUACCCCGUCCAUUUUGCCCUCGUCUAUGCGUUCGAAGUGGAAGCCCUCUACCGUCACCUCAAAUCCCGCCGACGAAAGUAUCGGAACCUUGACAUGACUGCCGGUCUGCAUGUCUUCGCCCAAGAGGUGUACGCCGCAUUGCGGCUAGACUUUGGGGACGGGAUAACUCACAGCACACUCGACGACAAGCUCGUCUACACCUUCGUCAUGUCGGUGUCAAAUCGCCCGGAGACGCUCCCAUAUCCUGCAGCUCGUCUACGCAAGUUUCAGGAAAUCAUCGACUUGCAAAAGCCACCGACCGUCUUAGCAUUUCGUCCUAGGCCUCAUCGUGUCCGGUGCCGCUAAGAUACCUGCCCAACGUCUUCCUCGCAACCUAUCUCUCCCAUCUAUACUUACAUUUUCUACUUUGAUAACAUGCAUCUCCCGGGAUCUCGUCGCCCAUGUGCCGAGUCAACAAUGGACGUUCUCCGACUGUCGUGGUGCAGCGGUCUCCUAAGUCUGACGGCCAAAAAAAAUUUGACUACUUGUUCAUGCACGAGCCGAC